CUGUGAGGGGGGAAGGUUCUAGACGUCAGACGUCACUCCACUCCACCAUGUCUGUGAACACGGCGCACGCUGGCAAGGGCGUCCUUAUUUACGCCGGGGAAUGCAUCAUCCUCUUCUGUGACCAUGUGACAAUGGAGUUUGGGGGGUCGCUGCCACCUGAGAUGCGUGGCAGCAAGACAGGCCGGCUGUACCUCACCUCCCACCGCUUCAUCUUCAACAACAAGGACCACAAGGACAGGCUGCAGUCCUUUGCUGCCCCAUUCUUCUCUCUUGAGCAGUCAGAGGUUGAGUUGGAGCAGCCAGUGUUUGGCGCCAACUACAUCAAGGGCACCGUCAACGCCCAGCCCAACGGAGGAUGGACUGGCCAGGCCAAGUUCAAGCUGACGUUCAAGCACGGUGGGGCCAUUGAGUUUGGCCAGGCCAUGCUGAAGGUGGCCUCCAUGGCCUCAAGGAACAUGCAGCAGUCCGGCUUUGCUCGCAAUGCCCCACCACCCUACACCCCACCCACCGGCACUUGGACCCAGGCACCACCACCGGCCUACGCUCCCCCAGCAGGCGGCUACUACGGCUGGGCUCCCCCCGUCAACACCUUCCCUGACCGGCCCCCAGCGGAUGGCGUUUACAUGUACGAUGCGCCACCACCAUACCCCGGCCUAGGCUUCCAGAACGGCACACCAGCCGCCACAGGAUUUUCUGCUGCAGAUGCCAAGGCCCAAGAAGCAGCUCAGAGUGCCUACUAUGACCCCAGCAACCCCCAGUAUGCAUAUGUGCCACCUCCAGCUUAUAGCGAGUCACCUCCCUCAUAUGAUGCUGCAACCAAGAAGUCUCAGUGAGGAUCUUCUUACCUAGCCUGGCCACUCUCUCCACCUCUACACACCCAGCCACACACUGUACCACACUUUCAGUCUCAAACACACCCCACACCAGUGAUACAAUGAUAUCCACACAUCAUACUGCACCAGGAGACGACUUUCCUACGCCUGUGUCCCUUUGUCAUGCUCUUCAGUGUUUUGUCGAAGUUUGACAGUCAGUAUGCAGCUCUUAGGUAAUAUUUGAUGGGUGAACAUUUCCUCCACACACCUUGAGUGAGUUUAGUUAGAGUUUAGUUAGUAAGGUUAAGGCUGUGUCUGUUUCCUUUCUCUCAUUACUGUGCAUGUAUUCAGAUAGUCAGUGUUUGCCCGUACACAGCUCAAAAGAUCUUGUGUUGAAGGUGACUUAAGUUUUAGACCCAAAGUGUAACCAUGGGGGAAGAUAGGUGUUGAUCUUAAGUGAAAAUAAAUAGUGAUUGUGACCAAGGGAAGGAGAUUCUGUUAUAAGGGAGUGGAAUAGUGUUUGCCUUCCUGUUCUAGUAAUGAGUGCAAGUAUGUAAUGCCUUGUUCACAGUGUCCAGGCUGCUUAAAGAUUGCAUAUAUCCACCUGUCAUUUCCAACUGCUUUUGUAUGCAUGUGUGUUUGUGUGUGUGUAUGUGAGAGAGUGAGAGAAAGUCAGGCAGAAAUCUCGAGUUAUCAUUUCUCUGGCUACACUCCUUAUCAGCACCAGGUCAGUAUAAUAGACUAGUGAUUAUUGCAGCCCUCACAUACUGCUUUGCACUUCCAAUCACUCACGUUUUCCCCCAACAUAAGGUUUGCAAUCAGCGUGAGCAGAGACUGACUGUUUAGAAUAACGAUGGGCACACAUGGACUGCUUAAUUUCUCCUUAACAUUUUUAUCAGAUCUUCCUCUUCCUUGUUUUGUGGACACUCCAAAAGAACAGUGUGAGGGAUGCGAGUUUACAUGCCUUUAGUGUAUAUAGCGGACAUAAUAGAGAAGGUUUACAUUUCCAAAAGAACAGUGAGAGAGAUACCAGUUUACAUGUCUUUAAUUUACAUGGUAGUGAAGGCUUAAAUUUCCAAAACAACAGUGAAGGAGAUAGAGUUUACAUGCCUUUAAUUUACUUAGCAGACAUGGUAGAGAAUGCUUACAUUUCCCAAAGAACAUAGUGAUGAGCAGUAAUAAUUCAUAGGGAUACUAAUUCAUCCUUUCAUUUGACUCAAUUGACCAGUGUAAGAUGCAGACAUACUCACAGAACCAUAGACUAGCUUAGAAGACAUUAAAGAAUCAGGUGUCACGUUCCUACCUUGAUACUGUGAACAGGAAGGUUUUGCAGUGUUUGAACACCAUCUUUACAAACACUGUCUCUGGUGGCAUCUGGUAAACAACACACAAACUACCCCAUGUUGAUUUAAUGUCACUCAGUUCACUCCUCCUCUUGUGUAUUUGUCGAGGGAGGAGUGUCUGUUUGUAGGGUUGGUGGUGACUGUGUGAGAGGGACCAUGGCUUGUAUCAUUAGAGUAUCAUGUUAUAAUUCUAUACUCAUGUGAUUCUGAAAUGUAUCUUCCUUGUAAACAUGUGUAUCAUAGUUAUUCUCUUGUAUUUGUGAUUAGUUUUUGUUGAUUUUUUUCUUUUGGUUUGUUUUAGGUGUGUGUGUGUGUGUGUGUGUGUGUGUGUGUGUGUGUGUGUGUGUGUGUGUGUUGAUGGUUUGGUUUCUAGUGUUGCAGCGUUAGAUAUUGAGCUGCUCUCACCAUUUCCUGUGAUGCAUUGCUUGUGGUUAUUCUAAGUUUCAUAGCAGGUUGUAUCUUCUAACUAAGGUCAGGCUUGAGUUGUGCAUUUUUGAUAAGUGUUUCAUUCUGAGGGAAGCCUUGUAGGAAAUGUGAAGAAAACACACACACACACACACACACACACACACACACACACACACACACACACACACACACACACACACACACACACACACACACAC